AUGGCUUCAAAAAGCGGGAACGAUGAUGAUCAUAACUAUGAACUUGAAAAUGAAGUGCUAAGGAGGCGUAUAGAAUCCGUGGACAAGCUCAUUGAUAUGGAAGAGGAGCGGCGAGAAAACAGCGAGAGGGCCUCUGCUGAGCUAAGGGUACAAAUUGAGGCUCUAAGUGAGGGCUUCAGAGAGCAAGACAGACUUCUCUUCUCAAGCAUCGGUGCCCUCAGCCUCAGGAAUGCAGAAGCAAAGAUGCAUUAUCAACAGCUUAUUCAAAGCCUGCAGAAGCAGAUCCAAGCAGCAGAGAGAGACGUUGCUCUGGCUGAACAGGACGUGGCAACGACGCGCUGCUUGAAAGAAAAAGAACUACAGAAUGCCAAAGAUGCCCUCCACCAUCUGGAGGCAGAGCUAGAAAGAAUGACAUUUCAAUUUGCUGAGCUCCUCAACGAUACAACGGAGAAGCUGGCAGAAAGAAUUUCCAUGUCUCAGGGAAGCUGGGCAGCUGAGCAGAAGCGGACGCCUCUGGAGCUACGCAUGAAAGAAGAGAGCCCCAUAGUGCUUGCCAAUGCCGUUGAGCUGCCAGGCGAUGGAGGUACGGGUCCCUGA